UACCAGAGCAAGAAAGCCAAACAAAUUCUGGAUUGCAUUUUAAACAUCCAACCAAAAGAUGCCAGUGCGGGAGCCGGGGAAACACGAGAGGAUGCGGUUCGUCGAAUGGCCGACGAAAUGCUACAGAAAUUGCCCCCCGACUAUGUUACAUUCGAGGUGACCGAACGUUUGAGCCAGAUGGGUGCAUUACAACCAAUGAACAUAUUUUUGCGUCAAGAAUUGGAGCGCAUACAGCGUCUGCUAUCCACGGUUCGCGUGUGUUUGACUGAUUUGAAACUGGCCAUUGAUGGGACAAUUGUAAUGAGUGAAUCACUACGCGAGGCAUUGGAUUGCAUGUACGAUGCACGGAUUCCAGCUAGCUGGACCAAGCUGUCCUGGGACUCUUCCACUCUGGGUUUCUGGUUCACUGAACUGAUUGAACGGAACCAUCAAUUCGCUGAUUGGUUGAGGAACGGGCGACCAAAUUGUUUCUGGAUGACUGGUUUCUUCAAUCAACAAGGUUUUCUCACUGCCAUCCGACAAGAAGUCACACGAAGUCAUCCGGGUUGGGCAUUGGAUACAGUGGUUUUGUGGAACGAGGUGACAAAACACAUGCGCGAAGAUUGUGUCCGUGCUCCGACCGAGGGUGCAUACAUUUAUGGACUGUUCAUAGAAGGUGCGGACUUUGAUCGACGCAACUUACGUUUAAGUGAAGCAAAACCCAAAGUUUUGUAUGAAACAAUGCCCGUGAUUCACAUUCAAGCCAUCGAUAUCUCGAAGGACAAGGAAAUACCGAGAGACAUGCUCGCUAAUCAGUACGUUUGCCCGGUAUAUCGAAAACCGCGGCGAACCGAUCUCACCUACAUCGCAUCAUUGUACCUACGUUGUCCGACAACAAAACCUCCGGAACACUGGAUUAUGCGUGGCACCGCCUUGUUAUGUGAUAUUCGGUGA